UGGUUGGAGAGAUAACAUGCUUUCCUUAGGUUGAUCAUCGUCCAGUAAAAAGAUAUCCCAUUAGUUCGGAAUAUUGCAUUAUUCAUUACUAGACUCAAAUUUGGUUGCAACAUAGAAUUGAGCGAGUAAAGAUAAUAUGGCUACAAGCAGCAUGGCAUCUGGAUUUGUGGUGGCACCAAAUUUCACAGCAAAUACAAUAAGUGCACCCAAGAGUGGUAUGCUAUUCUUCUCUUCCAAGAACAACAAUUCAAGGCUGGUUGUGAAGGCUGCAGAAGAGGCGGCAGCACCGGCAGCCACCACUGCUCCGCCAGCGGCUGAAGGUGAAGCCCCACCCGCAAAAGCAGCCAAGCCACCUCCUAUUGGACCCAAGAGGGGCACAAAGGUGAGAAUUCUCAGGAAGGAGUCCUACUGGUACAAGGGGGUUGGCUCAGUUGUUGCGGUUGACCAGGACCCCAAGACUAGGUACCCAGUUGUUGUGCGGUUUAACAAAGUGAAUUAUGCAAAUGUAUCGACAAACAACUAUGCAUUGGAUGAAAUCCAGGAAGUCGAAUGAGGACAAUUCCAUGUUUGUUAUUAAUGUAGAACUACUGUCCUGUUGAAUAUUUGGCAUCUAUUUUAUACAAGAGCUUGUGUAUGAAAAUGGGUAUAUAUCAUGCUUCCUCUAGACCUUAAUUCUAUGGCA